GGGGGAGAGAACCCGCGGGCGAGUGCGCCCCGUGCGCACGCGCGGACGCCGCUCGCUCCCGCCUGCCGGGGCCGCGGCGGGGGCCGGGUGAAAGGAGCGGCGGAGCGCGCGCCGCGGGCGGAUGGAGGCGCCUCCCCGGCGCGCCUGAGGCCGGUGCACAGAAGAGGCCGCGCGCGGGGCCGCGCUCUCCCCGCCAGAGCCGCAGCAUGGUUGACUAUAUUGUAGAGUAUGAUUAUGAUGCUAUCCAUGAUGAUGAAUUAACUAUCCGAGUUGGGGAAAUCAUCAGAAAUGUGAAAAAACUACAGGAAGAAGGAUGGCUAGAAGGAGAACUAAAUGGGAGAAGAGGGAUGUUCCCUGACAAUUUUGUUAAGGAAAUUAAGCGAGAGACAGAACCCAAGGAUGACAAUUUGCCCAUCAAACGGGAAAGGCAUGGAAAUGUAGCAAGUCUUGUACAGCGAAUCAGCACUUACGGACUUCCAGCUGGAGGAAUUCAGCCACACCCACAAACCAAAACUAUUAAGAAGAAGACAAAAAAGCGUCAGUGUAAAGUUCUUUUUGACUACCUUCCACAAAAUGAGGACGAACUGGAACUGACAGUUGGGGAUAUCAUUGAUAUUAACGAAGAGGUAGAGGAAGGCUGGUGGAGUGGAACCUUGAACAACAAGCUGGGCCUUUUCCCCUCAAACUUUGUGAAAGAACUAGAGCUCCCAGAUGAUGGUGAGACUCAUGAAGGACAGGACGAAUCAGAAAUAGCUUUGACUGGCUCUACCUCACCUUUACUGUCUCCGGGGAAUGGGAGUGAAACUGCUCCUGGAUCAGUUACUCAGCCAAAGAAAAUCCGAGGAAUUGGAUUUGGAGAUAUUUUUAAAGAAGGCUCUGUGAAACUUAGGACAAGAACAUCCAGUAGUGAAACAGAAGAGAAGAAAACAGACAAGCCCUUAACCCUGCAGUCACUGGGAUCCAGAAUCCAGAAUGUGGAGGUGACUAAACCAGACACUGAUGGCAAGAUUAGAGCUAAGGAAUAUUGUAGAACAUUAUUUGCCUAUGAAGGAACCAAUGAAGAUGAACUUACUUUUAAAGAAGGGGAGAUAAUCCAUUUGAUAAGUAAGGAGACUGGAGAAGCAGGCUGGUGGAAGGGUGAACUCAAUGGCAAAGAAGGAGUGUUUCCAGAUAACUUUGCUGUUCAGAUAAGUGAACUAGAUAAAGACUCUCCAAAACCAAAGAAACCACCUCCUCCUGUAAAGGGUCCAGCUCCAAAGCCUGACCUGUUAGCUGCAGAGAAGAAAGUUUUUCCUUUAAAGUCUGAAGAAAAAGAUGAAAAAUCACUGCUGGAACAGAAACCUUCUAAACCAGCUGCUCCUCAAGUCCCACCCAAAAAGCCCACUCCACCUACCAAAGCCAAUAAUUUAUUACGGUCCCCUGGAACAGUGUACCCAAAGCGACCAGACAAACCAGUUCCUCCUCCACCUCCAACAGCCAAAAUUAAUGGAGAAGUUUCUACAAUUUCUUCAAAGAUUGAAACUGAGCCAGUAUCAAAACCAAAGCUAGAUCCUGAACAAUUGCCAGUUAGACCAAAAUCAGUAGACUUUGAUGCCUUUAUAGUCAGAAACUCUAAAGAAACAGAUACUGUAAAUUUUGAUGACAUAGCUUCCUCAGAGAACUUGUUACAUCUCACUGCAAAUAGACCCAAGAUGCCUGGAAGAAGGUUGCCUGGCCGCUUUAAUGGUGGACAUUCUCCAACUCAAAGCCCAGAGAAAACCUUGAAGUUAUCAAAAGAAGAAGACAGUGGCAACCUAAAGUUGUUGGAGCUUAAGAAGGAUACGAGCUACUUGUCAAAGCCAUCUCUCUCAACACCUUCAAGUGCUUCUAAAGUAAAUACAUCUGCUUUCCUAACUCCAUUAGAACUCAAAGCUAAAGCAGAAGCAGAUGAUGUGAAAAACAGUUCCCUGGAUGAACUUAGAGCCCAGAUUGUUGAAUUGCUGUGUAUUGUGGAUGCAUUGAGAAAGGAUCAUGGGAAAGAACUGGAUAAGCUACGCAAAGAAUUAGAAGAAGAGAAAGUCAUGCGAAGUAAUCUAGAGGCGGAAAUUGCAAAGCUGAAGAAAGCUGUUCUGUCUUCUUGAGGUGGUAUGGACCCAGUGUUCUUAAUGCUCCCAGGAUUUAGGAGCAACACUAUGAACUUAACUGACUUGUUAAGACAACAAAUGUGAUGUUGUGAUGAAGAAAUGAGAGGACAUGAACUGUGGUAUCUAUUGAAAAGUUGGGGGGUGACAAGUUUUUUUAUAUAUUUUGUUUUGCCAAUAUGAAAAAAAGAGGCCUUAUUUCUUACUGUGCUGGGAUAGCAAACAUUUCUGUUGUUUGCUUGAAAAUACUACUGAAUCUGUAUAAAAGGAAUGAAAGUUCACCAUAGUUUUUUUAUUGAGACUUGUAUUAUUUUUAAAGAGUUCUAUACUAUAAAUAUCGUACUAUCUUUACAAAUAAGCUGUAAGAUAAACUAUUUGAGAUGGACGGGUUAGCUUUAUAGUAACUAGAGUCACUGCUUUCCUGUAAUAUAUAAGGACAUAAACUUGUAUACAUACACUACAUACACCACACACGCACACACACACAUACCUUUAGCUUCUUACCCAGGGUUACACUGUUGUGCCUGUUUGUCUGCAGUGCUGUUUGUAUACUGGGUGAUAAAAUAGGGAUUCCUAGUUACCAGGUUCCUCACCCAUGCAUAAUUAACCAUUAAUGAAAUAAUGCAAGUAAAUUAAACUUCUAGAGUGUUCUAUAAUGCUCAUACUGUAGGAUUCAUUAAAGGAAGUUAGUUAAAAUAUACUGGAUUAAGCUUUGGGAAAAUAGGAGCUUUGUUCUCAAUUCAUAUGGCCUAAGGAAUCAAAAAAUGUCGUGCUAGUUCUUAUUUGUGCCUAGACACUGCAGCACAUGCGGAAUAUGUAAGCACCAGCCUUAUUGCUGUUUGUUAUGCUCAUUCUACAGUUGUAAAUAUUACUCAUUUCAUUAUCUUAUAUUUAGCUCAUUAUAUCCCGCCCUUAUUUUCCUAAUGGGUAUCUUAGGAAGCAAAGCCUCUAAACCCAGAUCUUUUGAAAAUUUCAGAAUGAGGGUCCCUAUUGGAAAGCUAUCAUGUAAAGACUCAGGCUUUACAGACAUAAUUUAUCUAAUAAAACAAAUGAAUUCCUAGAGAUAUUUUGUACUGUUACUUAUGCAAACUGUUAAAAGAGUGUUAGUAUUUCACAAGUAAUAACAUUAUAGUUUAUAUAAUUGACCACACUGAAGAUCAUUUCAGAAUGGAUGCUUAGCCAUUCUUCAGCAUCACAAAUCAGCAGUUAAACAUCUUCAGCCAGAUCAACUACAUUCAAGGUAAUAUGACUCAGACCAGGCAAACAUUUAAAAAUACUGUAUCUGUAGGGCCACAUGUCUAAAAACAAAGAGGUUACUUUUAAAAUGGGAAAUGCUUUAUUUGUUAAAAAUCAAAAGUUAGUUUUUAAGGUUUACUUUAGUAAAUGAAUGAAGGUAUCAUGCUUCUUUAAAAAAAAAACAAACCAAUACUUUUUCUUUACAUUUUAAUCUUAAAAUAGAAAAGUUUUUUUUAAUGAGAUUUCUUGUGUUGCUUCAAAUAAAAGUAGAAAAUAAUAGAAUUGCCAGACUAAAAUUACACUUGAUUAACUUCUGGGAAUGGCAUUAAUUGUACAUCAGUGUUCAUUUUAGUGUUUUUGGUUGUUUGAUAAAGGGUCUUAAAUAUCCGGGACAAGACUGGACCUUGUUAUGUAGCAAAGAUGAUUUGAAAUUUCUGAUCCCUCUGCCUCUGUCUCCCAAGUGGUAGAUGACAGACUUGCCAUUCUGCUUACCUGUUUUAACCAUUUCAAGCCUAAGCUCACCUGUGAGGAGUUACUAUUGAACAAAAUUGUUUCAUUUUAUCUUUAAGUGAGUAGUCAAAUGAAUUACUUUGUUUCUUGUUAAUAAAUUAGCUCUUUAUGACAGUCUUGAGAUGAAAGUAAGCCAUUUCACCCUAGAGAUCAUCCCCGUGGAGAUUUGUGUCCACCCACAUUGCUGGGUGGGAAAGGCUCCAACAGCUCAAGCUGUGCUGUUUUCCCACUGAAGAUUACUUUAAUAGAAAAGUAACAUUCAACAGUAGGCAAGUGGCUAGUGUAUGCUUUCUGGACAAAUAUGUACCUUAUAGAUGCUAAUUAAAAUGUAAAAAUGUGAUAUAAUUCUAAUAGAAGAACAGAUAAGAGAAAACAGACUAUAUGUGAUACAAACAUGAGUAAGGAAAAUAGAUGCACAACCCCUUAUUGUAAGCCAAAUUCUCAUGAAAAAUUUGGUUUCUUUCUGAACUAUUGUGUAUCAUUCAUCUGCUUGGUAAUCUUGGCCCUGGCAACAUAUAUUUUAAUACUUGUAAGCUAUUGAAAAGGAUUAUUGGAGUCAAGUAUGGUGACAGCAUGCCUGUGACUUGGAGACUGAAGAAGGAAAAUCAUGAGUGUGAGGUCAGCCUAUAUAUAUGCUGCGUAGGGACCCUGUGUCCACAAGAAAAGGUGGCUGUGGUGGUGGUGGGUGUUUUGCACUUGUCCUACAGUCAGAAUGGCAGUGGGUGCUGCAAUACAUACAUGCUUUUGCCUUCUCAGGCAGAAUGGAGAAGUCAUACUGGCCUUUUUUUCCUUCUGUCUGUUUUUCUGCCUUUAAUGAAAGAAUUCAGAAAAACGAGCAAGCUUGAGCUUAUUUAAAGGGAAAAAUGAUUCUUUUAAAAUAGUAAUUUGCCAGUAUUUCCCCUUGUAUGGGAACUUUUACUAUUCCUAAAGUUAAUGUCACAAAAUGAUAGUAACAAUAAUUUCUAUUUUGAGGUAAAUCCUCCCCACAUAUGAGUAUAAAAGACAGCAUUGAAUCUGUCAUUGCCAAAUUGCUAGUGAAUGUAUAGUUCAGUCUUGCUGUUCUUGAAACACAAUACUACUAAUUUUUUAAUGGAAUUUCAAUGUUAUUUUGGUGUCUUUGUGACCACUAAGCUGAUUUCUUACUAUAAAGCUGAUACCUCUAUGUAACUGUGCAGGACUUCACUGAAAAGUCUGAAGAUGCCGAGAGAGAGUGGACCUGGUUUUAACAGAGAACUUUUUUUUUUUAAACAAAACAAAACAAAACACUCCUUACUGUGAUCACAGACAAGAGAAACUUUUCAAGUAAUCUGUAGAUUUUUCUAUGAAUGUUGUAUGGUUGCAUUUAAACUUGAAAUGUAUGAACAGAAUGAGACAAUCCUUACAAUCAGAAUUGAGAAGUGUUACAGUUGAAUGGCCUUGUGCUGUAGCAAUAAAAUGACCAAGUGCAAUGACUUUAAUAAAAUCAUCUUUCAAAAGUU